AUGAAAAAAGUGAAAAAUCCAUAUGUGCCAUUGCAUCAUUUUGAAAUAUUUUGCUAUACAGUUAUAUGGGCUUCAGGCAUAAUUUGUGCUGUUUAUAAUUUAUUAGAUGUCAGCUCCAGUUUGAAUAAUUCAGAGAUACCCGACUUAGUGCCUGGAUGGUCUUGGCUUGGUCGAAGAAAAGAUACUUGUCCUGAAUGGAAAAUAUGGACUACAUUUCUUAUAUUCUCAUUAGGUCCAUGGGUUAUUUUACAUUCAUCAAUUCUACUAAUAAUACAACAUUAUUUUUCAAAGAUAUCAACAAUUCGUGAUGUAUGGUUUAUUACUGUUACAAGUCUAUGUAUAGCUUAUAAUUUUGGAUUAUUAUCAGUCUUCUUAUUUUUUGGUCUAACUAUGAUUUAUUAUUGUUUAUUAUUAUUUGGUAAUCAAUUUGCUAUUUGGAUUACAAGCAUAUUAUUGUUAGGAGUUUGGUCAUACAAUGAUUCAUUAUUUACGAUUUUUGACCCUAGUUCAGAUGGAGAGAUCGCAUAUUUAUUACUUUUGACAUUAUACUGGCAUCAACUACGCUGUAUAAGUUUUUCACUUGGCUCAUUGGAUAAAGCUAAAAGUAAAACUUUGCCAAAUUGUCUACACUUUUUAGCAUAUUCAUUUUACUUACCAUGUUUUUUCUUUGGACCAAUAAUUAUUUACAAAAAAAUUAAUGAUGCAAGUACAAAUACUACCAUGAAACCAUUAUAUCAACGUUUGAAAAAACUCAUAAUAAAUUUGAUUAGAUACUUUUUUUGGAUGUUUUUUACUGAGUUCAUACUACAUUAUGUUUAUAUUAAUAUGUUUUUACAAAAUAUUAAAGUUUUUAAACAUUUUGGAAUUACUGCACUUAGUGGGUUUGGUUUUGGAAUGGGACAAUUUUUUUUCAUUAAGUACACAUUCAUUUAUGGUACUGUAAUUACAGUUGCAACAUUUGAUGAAUUCAUUAAACCUCCAAAGCCACCAAAAUGUAUUUCACGGAUUUAUUUAUAUUCUGAUAUGUGGAGAAGUUUUGAUCGAGGACUUUACAACUUCUUAAAAGAGUAA